AGUGGAUGUGUGUUGUGUGCUUUAAAAACAAAAAAAAAAGUAUGUUUUCUUUUCCUUUUACAUUUUUUUUUUCUUUUUCUUUUUGUUGCGUGUAAUUUUUUUAUUUUUUAUUUUUUAAAACAAAUAUGGUAGAUAUAUAUAUUUUUUGUUUGGAAUUAUGUGAAUUAAGCUUUGGAAAUUUUUGGGAGGAAAUUUUUGGAGAGGUAGUAUUUAAUGAAUAUUAUUUUGUAUUUUUUAAAAUUCUAAAAUGUUAAGAAAGAAUAGGAUAUAUAGAGAUAGAUAUAAAUACAGGGAUUAUAAUUAAAUUAUCACUGACGAGGACUCGAGUAUUGUCUUUGCUAUGGAUAUGAAAAUUGGAACAGGAAAGAACAAUAUACGGAGUACACACCCAAACACAGCCGAAGAGGCCUAAAUCAACCAGAAGUGUAGCGAAAUCAUCAUAAAGCAAGGCAAGACAAACAGGCAGAACUCAAGCGGCGUGUGACGGUGGCAAUGUCGUCGAACGGCGGAGAGCUUCCCCAAGAACUAGUCUUUGACAUACUCUCUCGACUCCCCGCAAAGUCUCUCUGCCGAUUCAAAUGCGUAUCGAAGCCAUGGCAUUCUCUAAUCUCUGACCCUUAUUUCGCCAAAACACACCUCAACAACCAUAGACGCGAGCGACUCAUUUUCAUGUCUUAUAAAUCUCUUUACUCUGUCGACUGCACUGAAGCAUCAAGCUCUUCAAAACCUUUCCCCAAGUGUAACCUUGAUCUCAAUCAGCCACCACAGGAUGCUGUGAUUGCAACAGAGAUUGAUUUCCCACCGAUUGAACACCACACAGACUGGUUCGAAAUCUUGGGUUCUUGCGACGGUUUGCUUUUGGUUGUUAACGAAGUAGACAGGUUUUUGUUGAAUCCAUCAACUAGAGAAUUCAAAAAAUUACCCAAAUGUCCUCCGGUCUUCAACUCACUUUGUACCUUCACCAUGUGUGGACUUGGGUACGAUUCGUCUGCAGAUGAUUACAAGUUUGUCACAGUUGCCUGGGAUACUGAUACUUGUGUAAUUGUUUAUUCAAUGAAAACCGGUUCUUGGAGGAGUAUUCAAGAUGUGCCCUAUGAGUGUUCUCUUGUGGAGGAUUUUCUUGCAGAGACUUCCUGGUUGGUUCUUGCAAAUGGGUCUCUACACUGGUUAACUUUCAGGUCUUCUGAUGGCGUGUCUGUGAUUGCUGCCUUUGAUGUAGCAGAUGAGAAUUUCCAUGAUGUGCCAACACCAAGAUCACUUGAGAACUAUGUGUUGGGGUUGUGUGAAUUGGGUGUUUUUGGAGGGUGUCUCUGUUUGCUUAUACAGUUUGUUAGUACUGGUAAUUCUAACCAAACUGAUGUCUGGGUGAUGAAGGAGUAUGGGGUGGCCGAGUCUUGGACCAAAUUUACAAUCGAUUUACCUCAAGAACGCAUGAUGAUGAGACCCUUAUGUUUUCUGGUGGAUGGGGAGGUUCUGCUUGAAACUGACGGAGAUAAAUUGGUUGCAUUUAAUGUUAAAGAUAAAACAUCAAGAGGUAUAGCAGUGUGUGGCAUGCCAGCUGCAUUUACUGGAAGGCAAACCUAUGUGGAGAGCCUUGUCUCACCCUCUUACAAAACUGGGAUCAAGAGAAAAUAUGAAGGGAGUGAGAGACUUGAAGAGUUAUGAGCUAGAUAGGUAAAUACAUGAUUCUAUUCUGUAUCUUUUUCUAUUUAAUUUUCAUAUAUUCGUAUUAUAUAUGCCACCAUGGUAUGGAACUUUUAGCAUCUGCAUAACAAUGUAUUCAUUAUCUGCUCUUGAGUGAUACAGUUUUCAGUUUGGAGUUGAACUAUAUUGUUAUAGGUUUACAGUGGGGUUCAAUAACCUUGAACUUAUAUGAAAACGGGAUUUUCUGUAAAUGUCUGUUCCUUGUAUGAAAACGGGAUUUUCUGUUUUAAUUUUA